GUCCGGAAGCCUGUUCUGGCAGUUGGGUUUCUGGCUUCACAAGACCGUUUGCUCCACCCAAUGUGGUGAAACCCUUGGGUGAAAGACUUGCUGCGGUCCCGCUCGGAGCGCUGCAAUCAGUUGCUGGUCAGAGGAGUUCACCGGUGUCUCCUCGCUCUGCAGCGGCAAGCCACAGCUCACAACCCCCGAGGGCUCGAUCAGCCUCCCCCAUUACGUACAUUCAGGCCAGAAGUCCGCACGUCACUGCACCAGCUGUGCAAGUUAGCACGGCCUAUCCGCCUUCACCCACGGUUUCGCCCGGGGCAUCUUUCCGGACAAUUGUGAGCUUCCCACAGUCGUCCGUCGGAUCGGGCCGAUCCGUUUCACCCUACGGACGAGCAACUUGGGGAGCACCACGAUCACCAUCCCCAGUUGUGGCUUAUCGGUCCGUGCUGAUGCCAAUGGCUGCGAAACCGGCCUUCGCCAGUGUCCAGGGAUCUCGGCUACCAGACAAGACGUCCUUUGCAGGGAGCGCCCGACCAGAGGAAGGCUGUCCGGAUCCCGAACCUGUCAAAGAGGCAGACAGCUCUUCGAACUUCGACAACGGCUCAUCAGAGCUUUCAAAAGCUGCUGUUGACAAGGACCUGGAGACGAACUGCAUCGUGUCUCUCGAGCAGGAGAUGUCCAGAAACGCUCCCGAUGAUGAGCCAGAGCAGGGUGUCUCGGAGAUGAACGAGGAGAAUGAGGAGGCCUACAUCCUGUCAGCUUUCCGCCACAACCAGCAAAGCACAGCGGAGCGGCGAGGUUUGCCUCAAGGUGCAGUAGCUUGGAGAAAGGCUGUGGCAGAUGCGUCCAUUGCGGCUAAGGCUGUUCUAGAAGGCAUACCGCCUUCUGCACAGACAGAAACUCGAGGUAUCGAGGACUCGCCUCCUAGCGUCGAGUCGCUCAGAGCAACGCUUCAAGUCCUGCGUGAGAAAGACGGAAGUGAACAGUUAUGCGCCGCAAAGACGGUGCCCAAGGCCGACACCAAGAUCGGUUACUCUGAUGAUAAAUCCACGGCAGCUGCUCUUGAAUCAGCAGCUGUGAACUUAGCUAAUGCAGCGGCCGAAGCAGCCAUUGCUUUGGAAUGGAGGCAGUAG